GCGCUGUGCUUCACAAGCGGCAUCGUUCGAUUGUGCGGCCAAACGAGCUGAAUCAUUUGGCUGAAGUGUCAUCUUUUUUUUGUCAUUGUACGUGCUUUGCGAGGCAAUGGCGGCCAGAUACGAUAGAGCUAUCACCGUCUUCUCUCCGGAUGGUCAUCUUUUCCAAGUAGAGUACGCACAAGAAGCUGUAAAGAAAGGCUCCACUGCGGUAGGAAUCAGGGGUAAAGACAUUGUAGUCCUUGGAGUGGAGAAGAAAUCUGUAGCAAAGUUGCAGGAGGAGAGAACCGUCCGCAAGAUAUGUGCCCUGGACGAGCACGUCUGUAUGGCAUUUGCAGGGCUGACAGCAGACGCGCGAAUUGUGAUAAACAGAGCACGGGUUGAGUGUCAGAGCCACAGGUUAACUGUGGAGGAUCCUGUCACUGUUGAAUACAUCACACGCUACAUCGCCACUCUGAAACAGCGCUACACUCAAAGCAACGGUCGCAGGCCAUUUGGUAUCUCCGCUUUGAUUGUGGGCUUCGACGAUGAUGGCACUCCCAGGCUGUAUCAGACCGACCCGUCAGGAACCUACCAUGCCUGGAAGGCAAACGCAAUUGGCCGUAGUGCCAAAACCGUAAGGGAGUUUCUGGAGAAGAACUACACAGAUGAAGCCAUCGCUGGAGAUAAUGAGGCAAUCAAGUUGGCAAUCAAGGCUUUGCUUGAGGUGGUCCAGUCAGGGGGAAAAAACAUUGAACUUGCCGUCAUCAGACGAAAUCAGCCACUCAAGAUCCUUGAAUCCAAGGAGAUUGAGACCCUAGUGGCUGAGAUCGAAAAAGAAAAAGAGGAAGAGGCAGAAAAGAAGAAGCAGAAGAAAUCUACUUGAAAUAGUCUAAGGUUUUUUUUUUAAUUGCACUUGGAAGAAGCUUUUCAGGCAAAAGGGGCGGGGGGUUCAAACUCAUCAUAUAUUUGACUAAAGAAAAAGUGAAUCCUAAUUUGAGACCUGUCUUUAUGUAUCGCACCAGUCGUCCUAUACCUGCAGCUGUUUAAGUGUGUAAAUAUUCACAUCCAUGCAGGUCUGAAGUUAGGCUUCUAAUGUUUAGACUAUAAGCCACCAGGACACUUUUCUAUCGUGCAUCAAAAAACAGUUCAUCUGGGGACAAAUAUCACAUGUUGAAAACAGACAGUUAAAAAUUGUAAUGGGAACACUUCUCAAUAAAAGAUGACUUGUUUAUAUA